AUGGCCCUCUACAUUGACCAUCGCAUAGAAGCCCCCGAAUCGGCCGGCCCACCUUCCCACAUCAGCUGGCAUCCUGUUCACCCCUUCCUGGCGGUGGCCUCUGUCAGCCCCACCUUGGGAGGCAGCGUGGAUGUUUAUCUGGAACAGGGCGAGCGUGCGCCUGACUCACACAUCGAGCGGUCGUGCCGAGCAAUGUCACUGUGUUGGCACCCCAUGCGCCUCGUCCUGGCCGUCGGCUGGGAGACGGGGGAAGUGAUGGUGUUUAACAAGCAAGACAAGGGACAGUACACCAUGCCCUCACCACACACCACCGACAUCACUGUGCUCGCCUGGAGCCCCAAUGGAAACUGCCUGCUGUCUGGAGACCGGAUUGGCGCGCUGCUCUUGUGGCGGCUGGACCAGCGAGGCCGAGCCCAGGGACCACCCUUGCUGAGACACGAGUUUGGGAAGCACCUGACGCACUGCAUCUUCCGGCUGCCCCCGCCCAGCGAGGACCUCGUGCAGUUGGCAAAGGCUGCGGUGAGUGGUGACGAGAGGGCGCUGGACAUGUUCAACUGGAAAAAGAGCGGCUUUGGAAGCUUCCAGAAGAUGGGGCCGCAUGAGGGGCUGUCCUUCUUUGUCAGCCUAAUAGAUGGCACAGUACACUCUGUGGACGAGAAGGGCAACAAGAUGCAGGUGGCCUCCGUGGACAGCCCCAUACAGACCCUGCUCUACAUGGAGCAGCGGGAGACGCUGCUGGUGGUCACAGCCACGCUGCUCCUGUCUCUGUACACAAUGACGUCCGAGGGCAAGGCCGAGGAGACCCUGAAGGUCAAGCUGAGUGGGAAGACCGGCCGCCAGGCGGACAUCGCUCUGAUCGAGGGCAGCCUGCUCGUCACGGCCAUUGGGGAAACUGUGCUCAGGUUUUGGGACUUAGAACGUGGUGAGAAUUAUAUACUGAGCCCAGACGAGAAGUUUGGCUUUGAGAAAGGAGAGAAUAUCAAUUGUGUCUCAUACUGCAAAGUCAAAGGUCUGCUGGCAGCCGGCACCGACAAAGGGCGUGUUACCAUGUGGCGGAAGGCACCAGGUCCCCUGAGCAGUCGUGGGUCAGAGGGCAAGGACAAGUGGGUCCUGCAGACGCCAACUGAGCUAGAGGGGAACAUCACACAGCUCAAGUGGGGUUCCAGGAAGAGCCUGCUGGCAGUGAACAGCAUCAGCUCUGUGGUCAUCCUCAGCGAGCAGGCCAUGGUCGCUCACUUCCACCACCAGAUGGCAGCGGUGCAGCUGUCCUCCAGCCUGCUGCAUGUGGCCUUCCUGGCAUCCGGCACCAUCCACGGCCUGCGCCUGGACAUGCACAUUAGCGGCGUGUUCGCCAGCAAGGAUGCAGUGGCUGUGUGGAACGGGAAGCAGGUGAUGGUCUUUGAACCUUCAGGAGCCGUGCUUCGAAACGCAGGUACCUUCCUGUGUGAGUCCCCAGUGCUGGCCAUGCAUGAGGAAAGUGUCUACACCGUGGAGCCAAACCGGGUCCAAGUGCGAACCUGGCAGGGAACCGUGAAGCAGUUACUGCUGUUCUCUGAGGCCGAAGGCAACCCCUGCCUCUUGGAUGUCUGUGGGAGCUUCCUGGUGGUGGGCACGGACCUGGCACACUUCAAAAGCUUCGACCUUUCCCGAAGGGAAGCCAAAGUUCACUGUAACUGCAAGAACCUAGCCGAGCUGCUCCCUGGCAUCGGUGGCAUUGCCUCGCUUCGCUGCAACGCCAGUGGCAACAAGAUCAGCCUCCUCCUCACAGAGCCCGAUGGAAGCCCUGACUCCAGGAUCUGCUUCUACGACGUGGAGAUGGACACGGUGACCACUUUGGACUUCAGAACUGGGCAGAUUAACCAGAAAGAGACGCUCUCCUUUACUGGGCAGGAGACCAGGAAGAGCAGCAUCUUUGUGGGUGAGACCCUGGGGCACCUUGUCCCUGUGAGCCACUUCUGGAGCCAGACAGAACCAAGGCUGUUUGUAUGCGAGGCCAUCCCUGACACACGUGGUGUCCAACCACCAGCCACAGAGAGGCAGCCCUCCACCAACACAGGCACGGACCCCAUGGCAGACGUCACAGUCCUGUCUUUCUUCGUCUCCGGGGAGCAUGGUAUCCUGCUGCAGGACAGUUUCCCCCGGCCAGCCCCCUUCCAGGCUCUCCUGGGCGUCGAGGUCCCCUACUACUACUUCACCAGAAAGCCUGGGGAAGUGGACAAAGAGGACCACUCGGAAGAAGGACCUCACCGGGCCCCCCAGAUGGUGGGCAGGAGGCCCCUGCGGGAUUUCGUGGGACUGGAGGACUGUGACCGGCCCACGCGGGACGCCAUGCUCAACUUCAGCAUCUUUGUCGCCAUCGGAGACAUGGACGAAGCCUUCAAGUCAAUCAAACUCAUCAAGAGUGAAGCCGUCUGGGAGAACAUGGCACGCAUGUGUGUGAAGACCCAGAGGCUGGACGUGGCCCGCGUGUGCCUGGGGAACAUGGGCCAUGCUCGAGGAGCCCGUGCCCUGCGGGAGGCUGAGCAUGAGCCUGAGCUGGAGGCCCGUGUGGCCAUGCUGGCCCUGCAGCUGGGCAUGCUGGAGGACGCUGAGCGGCUAUAUAAGAAGUGCAGACGCUAUGACCUCCUGAACAAGUUCUACCAGGCCGCAGGCCAGUGGCAGAAGGCUGUGGAGGUUGCCGAGCAGCAUGACCGCGUCCACCUGCGCACCACCUACUACAACUACGCCAAAUACCUGGAGGCCAGCUCCGACUGCAACCUGGCCCUUAGCUACUAUGAGAAGUCCGAUACCCAUCGCUUUGAGGUGCCCCGGAUGCUAGCCGAGGACCUGCACGCCCUGGAACUCUACAUCAACAGGAUGCGGGACAAGACCCUGUGGCGGUGGUGGGCACAGUACCUGGAGAGCCAGGCGGAAAUGGAAACGGCGCUGCGCUACUAUGAGCUGGCUCAGGAUUACUUCUCGCUGGUUCGCAUCCACUGCUUCCAGGGCAACAUCCAGAAGGCCGCAGAGAUCGCCAACGAGACGGGAAACUGGCCGGCUUCCUACCACUUGGCACGGCAGUACGAGAGCCAGGACGAAGUGCGGCAGGCUGUACAUUUCUACACGCGGGCACAGGCCUUCAACAAUGCCAUCCGCCUCUGCAAGGAGAAUGGCCUGGAUGACCAGCUCAUGAACCUGGCCCUCCUGAGCUCCCCUGAGGACAUGAUCGAGGCAGCUCGCUACUAUGAGGAGAAGGGGACGCAGAUGGACCGGGCAGUCAUGCUUUACCAUAAGGCCGGCCACUUCUCCAAGGCCCUGGAGUUGGCCUUCGCCACCCAGCAGUUUGGGGCCCUGCAGCUGAUCGCAGAGGACCUUGACGAGAAGUCAGACCCGGCGCUGCUGGCCCGUUGCUCCGACUUCUUCAUUGAGCACGGCCAAUACGAGAAGGCCGUGGAGCUGUUGCUGGCUGCCAAGAAGUACCAUGAGGCCUUGCAGCUUUGCCUGGAGCAGAGCAUGACCAUCACGGAGGAGAUGGCUGAGAAGAUGACCGUGUCCAAAGACUCCAAGGAGCUGUCGGAGGAGGAACGGCGGGAGCUGCUGGAGAAGAUCGCCAACUGCUGCAUGCGCCAGGGCGACUACCACCUGGCCACCAAGAAGUUCACACAGGCCGGCAGCAAGCUGCAGGCAAUGAGGGCUCUGCUCAAAUCUGGGGACACGGAGAAGAUCGUGUUCUUUGCGGGCGUGUCCCGGCAGAAGGAAAUCUACAUCAUGGCCGCUAAUUACCUGCAGUCACUUGACUGGCAGAAAGAACCUGAGAUCAUGAAGAACAUCAUCAGUUUCUACACCAAAGGCCGGGCCUUGGACCUCCUGGCUGGCUUCUAUGAUGCCUGUGCCCAGGUAGAGAUUGACGAGUACCAGAACUACGACAAAGCCCACGGGGCGCUGACCGAGGCCUACAAGUGCCUGUCCAAGGCCAAGGCCAAGAGCCCGCUGGACCAGGAGGCCAAGCUGGCGCAGCUGCAGAGCAAGAUGACCCUGGUGAAGCGCUUCAUCCAGGCUCGCAGGACCUACACCGACGACCCCAAGGAGGCUGUGCGGCAGUGUGAGUUGCUGCUGGACGAGCCGGGCCUGGACAGCACCGUCCGUGUGGGUGACGUCUUCGGCUUCCUGGUGGAGCACUUUCUACAGCUUGGGGAGCAUCAGAUGGCCUACAAGUAUCUGGAGAAGAUGCGCAAGAGGCUCCCUGCAGCCAACAUGUCCUACUACGUGAGCCAGCACACCAUUGAUGCUGUGCACCAGGCCCUGGGCCUCCCCUUGGCACAGCUGGGACCCGAGCACAUCCACCGCAACAGCGCCGAGGACGCCCAGGAUGUAGAGGAGGUGGUGGAGGAGGUGGAGGAGGCCUGA